GCGGUUAAUGGUGCCCGGCGUGACGUAACCUCCUCUUGGGGCGUGGCCAAGGAGAACCGGAAGUGGCGGGAGCGAGCGCGAAGGAGAAGGGGCCGCGGAGCGAGCUGCUGGCAGGAUGAGUCCAGGCGCGGCGCUGCAGGAGGAGUACCGCAGGUGCGUGGAGAGGGACUUCCGCAGGGGCCACGCCGGCGUCUGCACCGACGGCUCCCUGAAGGAGCUGCUGAGGCACCAUCUGCUCGAAGACCCGGAGCUGCACUACGCCCUGCAAGGGGGGGACCCUUUUGCCACGCUUUCCGUGGCCUUGCGGGGCCAGCUGGACCUGGCGGCAGCGCUCCGGAAUCUCGGCAGGGCCUUUGAAGUGCUGGAGCUGGCGGCCGUCAACCUCUACUUCUUCCCCUGGCGCAAGGAAUUUGGCACCAUCAAAACCUUCUCGGGCGUCUACGUGCACGUGCUGCGGGGAGUCCUGCCGGAGGCCGACCUCGCCCGGAGCUUCCGCCGCCUGGGCUACGUGCAGAGAGACGACCUCCACCUGGCGAUCUCUCAGUUGCCGCCCGGGCCCAGCCUGCUCUCCGCCGCCUGUGGCUUUUUUGCUGCCAGGGUGGAGUGCGAGAUCCUGGGGAAGCUGGUGGAGAUGCUGGAGCCCUGCCUGGUGGGCGCGGGAGACCUGCUGCAGGCCCGGAGGGAAGCCAAGGGAAGCCUGGAGGCUUGCGUGGCCAAACUGCAGAGCCUGGUCCGGCGGCCGAGGGGCCGAGAGAUCCGCCCGGAGCCGGCUGGCGGGGCCGACCUGUACAGGGAGAGCCCGGAGGGGCAAAGCACGUACCGGGAGCCCUCGGGCGCCAGGCUGCCGCCACAUCCGCUGCCCCUCUGCGAGCGCACCAGCCCCAGGCUGCGGGGCAGAGACCUUCACCUGUGGAGCCCGCUAGGCCUGGCCGAGAGCAGGAGCAAGGGGUGGCCGUCGGGCCCGGAGCAGCCCUACGGCAACGGGGCCCUGGACUCCUCCGAGGGGCCCGAUCUCGAGACCUCCUUCUCGUUCAUCUCCCUGAGGCGGGAGCUCAGCCGAACGAACGACGCGGACUCCUCCAUGCAGCCGGGAGGCCGGUUCUUGUCUCCUGGCGCUCACUACGACGGCCCCGGGCCCCAGCCUCAUGGAGCCAGCGGUCCGGCCUCCUCCUCCUCCUUGGCGAGGCAGCCGAGGAGCCCCCAGCUCAGCCCUGCGGGCACGCGCCGGGCUCAGGCGCUGUUUGCCGGGAUGGGGGCCGGCCCCGAGCCGCCCCGUUACCACCUGCACUCGUGCAUGCGCCCGGGCGCCCUCCCCUCGUCCUGCUGCAACACCUGCCGCUUGCUGCACGGCGGCGGCUGCGACGGGGCCCAGCUGUGCUGGAGCAGUCACCACGUGGAGGAGCUGCAGAGCGAGAAGCAGCAGCGCCUCUGGCUGCAGCGGACCGAGGUGGACAAGUUGCUGCACGAGGGCACCGGGGCCUGGCAGUGAGGCCAGAAGGCCCCGUGGGUUUCGGCUGGACUUCGGAAGGCCCGGCUCUCUGCCCUUCCUUCUGGUGCUGGAUCAAGAGCUGAGCCGUCUCUCCACACAGCCCUCUCCCAAACUCAUCUGGCAGCACUUUCCCCCCACUCCCACCUUGAAAAUGGGUGGCAGUGGGGGAGAAAAACCGCCGCUGCCACCCAGCCCUGUACAGCGCUGGGGUCUGCUUUUCCUCCCAGCAGGACUGACUUGCAGGUCCCACAUCAGGCUUCCCCAACCAGGAGUCCUCCAGAUGUAGCCCAGCACAUGUGGAGGGCGCUUGCUUGGGGAAGGCUCUCCUAGUGGAGUUAGUCCGUCUGAAGGAUCCACUGCUAGACCAAAUGCCCCAGUGAUGUCCGCUGGGCAAGCGAGGGCUUUCCGCAGCCUUUUCCCCUGGAGCGUUUGGUCCGGAUUGCAGCGCAGUCCCUGCCUGCCGACGAGAGUGGCUGCACCCUGCUCACAACAACCGGUGAGUCCAACGCUGGGGAACGUAUUUGCCAGGAUCCAUCCUUUGUAAUACUGGGACACAGAAAUGUUUUACAAGAUGCACGGCUCCUCUGGGCGUCUGCUCCUUCCGACAUUCCAAAACCUGGCAGCGUCCCUCGCCCACGUUCCAAAAUGUGUAGAGGGAAAUUGCGUUGGAGGAGAGGCUCCUGCCUCCAAGCCUCCGUGCCUCUCCUCCUGAAGUAGGCUGGCGGCAAGGUCCCUUUUCUUCCAGCGGGCGCUACUCUGGCGGGACCAUCCUUGGGGAAGGCCCUGAGGUUGUGCAAGGUCAGCGGUGUGUCCUUCGCCAUCUCCCUGGUGUCUCACAGAAGAUGCAAUUGGAAAUAAAUGAAGUAA